CAGCAGUGUUGAGAGAAUGCCUUUCAGACUCUUCCAGAAUCCAUUGGAAUUUCGAACAAAAACAGAGAGAGCAAAACACAGACCACGGUCAUCACGUACGCGAGAGAGAGAGAGAGAGAGAGAGAGAGAGAGAUUAGUAGAUUUGGAGAGAGAGAGAGAGAGAGAGAGAGAAGGAUUGAUGUCAGGAGAGAGAAAAAGAACGAUCAAGCUGUUCUGCCCAUCCCUGUCGAAGGCAAUAGCAUUCGUGGCAUGGGAAGAACAGAGGCUCGACCUCGGGUCCAUAUCCCGGGCCUUCGGGCUUGACCCGGCUACUCUCAAGCUCAACGGCCACUUCAUUGGCAGAGGAGUUGAUCUCAUAGCCUUGUCGGUCACGUGGAAGUCCCUCUUCUCGUUCUUCUCCUCACGCGGUUUGUCCACCGGAGAGACGGACUCCGGCGCACUCAUCGUCGACGGCAAGCUCUCGAGAAUAGGAACCAAGAGAGCACAUGAACAAGCAUAUGUAGAAAAUGGGAUUUGCUGUGAGAGUGAACGCCCAAGUUGCAGUAUAAACACAAGGCCAUGGCUUGAAGAUGAAGAUACCAACUUUCUCAAAAGUAAAAGGCUAAAGGAGAGAAACUCAGGAGAUAGUGACAGCGAGGAUAAAGUUGCCAGAGGUGAUGGUUUUGGCCUGAAGAGAAAGCAAUGUUUGGAAGAUGUCGUCCCCUUGAAGAGGAUAAAAAUGGCUGGAACUAACUCAGGUUCUGAAUCAGGAGAGAGUGGUAUAUCCGGAGUGAUUUCAAACACCCAAUUUCGGUGCAGUUUAACCAGUAGUUACAACAUGAAACGAAUAAGAGAAGAUGAUAUGGUUAGUGCUGCUCCUUGUAAGAAGACCAGAUAAUGAGUAAGAAGACCAGAUGAUGGUUCUCAAUGUGGAAUCCAACUGCGUGAAUGCUACUAUCUUUCCCUUGGUGCCUCUUUUCAGUUGUAUAGUUCUAUGUUCAAUUUUCAAGUAUGAAAUUAGCUCUCGCAAUUACUGUAUGCAUGCAGGGAUGUUGAUAUUAGUUCCUAAAAUGAUGGCCCUAAGGGUUUGUACAUGUCGUGGUGCAUUGCCUUGACAUGCCGCACGGAGUAUUUCUGAUCAGAUGGAGGGAUUUAAACUAGCUUAAGGUCUAUGGCCUGUGGAUGGGGCAUCAUUACAUCAGCACAAUGCCCAUCAAGGCCAUUCAAUCUUAAUAACCAUGUGGGCCAAAAGCUUGCAUGUUGGUCCCUGCUAAAGUGCUAUCUUCAUGUUAUGGCUAUAACAAAAGCUUCAAUUAUGGGGGAAUCA